AUUCUGAUCCUGACGUUUCUCUGCAGCAGAUUUCCCCAACAUGUCGUCCAAAAAGAAGCAGGACAAUGAUGAGCGUUUUGCCCUGGUCCAGAAGGAUCCAAGGUUCUGGGAGAUGCCCGAGAAGGAGCAAAAAAUCAAGAUUGACAAGCGUUUCCAGUCCAUGUUUCACGACAAGCGCUUCAAGGUAAAAUACACGGUGGAUAAACGGGGCCGUCCUAUCAGCCACUCCUCCACAGAGGACCUGAAGCGCUUCUACAAACUGUCUGACUCCGAAGAGGAGGAGGAGGAAGAGUUGAAGGCUUCAGAGGAGAAGAAGAAGAAAGUCAAGCCUGAGAGCAAAGAGAAAAAAGGAAAAGCAGGACAGGAAGUUGGAGUUAAAGGAGUUCGAGUCACGGAAGAAGGUGAUGGCGACGAUGACGAGCAGCCAUCUGCAGAGGAAGAUGCUGAUCUGGAGGACGAUGGUUCAGAAGGCAGCGAGGAAGACGAUGAUACAGACAAGGAGAGCAUGGAGGCUGAUGGAUCAGAGGAGUCCAGUCUGGAUUCUGGAGAAGACAGCGACAGUGAACCGGAUCUGGCCCGGGGGAGGGGCAACGUGGAGACCAGCUCAGACGAAGAUGAUGACGACUAUGUGGAUGCCAUCUUGAAGAAAGAGGAAGAAGAUAUAGAACACGACUGGGGGGAGCUGUGUAAAGACGCACAACGCAACGAGGAGGUUUCUGCCCGACUCGCUGUCUGCAACAUGGACUGGGACCGCAUAAAAGCCAAAGACCUGCUGGUUCUGUUCAGCUCCUUCGUUCCGAAAGGCGGCGCCGUGCUGUCCGUCAGGAUCUUUCCGUCGGAGUUUGGGAAGGAAAGGUUAAAGGUAGAGGAGACGCAGGGCCCCCCAGAGCUCAAGGUGCUGCCUGAUGAGUCGGAGGAUGACACCGAAGAGGAGAGGGUUUACAGGGAGAAGUUGCGCGAUUACCAGUUCAAACGUCUGAAGUAUUUCUACGCCGUGUUGGAGUGCGACUCGGUGGACACGGCCGUUAGGAUCUACGACGAGUGUGACGGCUUCGAGUACGAGAGCAGCUGCUCCGUCUUGGACCUUCGCUUCAUUCCUGAUGAUGUGACGUUUGACGAUGAUCCUAAAGACGUGGCGACGGACACCAGCGUGGCCGCCUACACGCCCAAACUCUUCUCCUCAUCUGCUACUUCCACGUCAAAGGUGAAGCUGACGUGGGAUGAGACCGACCACGAGCGCGUCACCGCCCUCAGCAGGAAGUUCGACAAAAACGAGCUGCUGGACAUGGACUUCAAGGCCUACCUGGCCUCCUCUAGUGAAGAAGGUGAAGACGAGGAGGCGGGAGCUGAAGGUGAGGAAAGAGACACAUUUCAGAUCUUCUCAGGAGGAGGAGCAGCACUGAGUUCUUUGUUUUGGACAGAAGAGAUCGUUAAAGAAGUGGAAGUGAAACCUGUAAAGGAAAAGAAGAAGAAGAAAAGUGAGGAGCAGAUCAGGAAGUACAGAGAGCUGCUGAAGAGUGUCCAGAGCAACGAGAAGAAGCUGGAGGAGGACAAAGGCAUGGAGAUGGAGAUCACCUGGGUGCCAGGCCUGAAGGAAACAACAGAGAAGCUGGUGAAGAAGAAGCUGGAGGCAACGGACAAGCUGACGCCCUGGGAGGGGUUUCUACAGAAGAAGAAGGAGAAGAAGAAACAGAAAAGUAGUGAAAGGAAACAGGAAGCAGCUGACGACGAGUUCAGCGAUGACGAGCUUCCUCCUGACGUCGACCUCCGUGACCCCUUCUUCACUGAAGAGCUCAGCGCUUCGGGUGACCGGACAGACGUGAAGAAGAAACGGAAGGACAAGAAGAAGAAACGGGAGGAAGCUGAGGAGGACGAGGAGCUGGAGAAACGAAAGGCUGAGAUGGCUCUGCUGAUGGAGGACGACGUCGACGAGACCAAACACAAACACUUCAACUACGAGAAGAUCGUGGAGCAGCAGAACCUGAGCAAGAAGAAGAGGAAGAAGCUGCUAAAGAAGGGCGAGGAGCUGCUGGAGGACGACUUCCAGGUGGACGUCAAAGACCCUCGUUUCCAGGCUGUGUUCACCUCCCACCUGUUCAACCUGGACCCCUCCCACCCCAGCUUCAGGAAGACCAAAGCCACGCAGAGCAUCCUGGAGGAGAAACAGCGCCGUCGCCAGGAGGAGGCCACGCCCACACAGAUCAACCAACAGGAGGCUGCAGAAACAAAGCAGGGCGAUGACUCGGCGAGAAAGACGGUGAUGGACCCAAGUCUGUCGCUGCUCGUUAAGUCCAUCAAAACCAAAACGGAGCAGUUUCAGGCUCGGAAGAAACCGAAGCUCCAGUAGAUCCUCCAGAUUCAGGAACGUUUACCUGGUCAGGUAGCCAUGACGACUACUUCCUGUUGACAUGAAUUUGUGAACUCUUGUAUAGAAAAACCUGAUGAAGUCACAAACAGACUUGAUGUUGACAUGUUUUAUUAUCUGAAUUCUUUCAGAUUAAAGGUUUGAUUUGACUUUUA